UAUCUACACCUCCAAAUCUCCAUUCACCAUAACCAAAGUCUCAGAUCAUAUUACCAAAACCUUCAAAUUUUGUCAUUCCAAUUCACCCGAAUGGCUCGCACCAAGCAAACCGCCAGAAAAUCCACCGGAGGCAAGGCUCCAAGGAAGCAAUUGGCCACUAAGGCCGCUCGGAAGUCAGCCCCAGCCACCGGUGGAGUGAAGAAACCUCACCGCUUCCGCCCUGGAACCGUCGCACUUCGUGAGAUCCGUAAGUACCAAAAGAGCACAGAGCUUUUGAUCCGCAAGCUUCCGUUUCAACGACUAGUUCGUGAGAUCGCUCAGGAUUUCAAGACCGAUCUGAGAUUCCAGAGCAGUGCCGUAGCGGCGUUGCAGGAAGCAGCAGAGGCCUACUUGGUAGGUCUGUUUGAAGAUACGAAUCUGUGCGCGAUUCAUGCCAAGAGAGUCACGAUUAUGCCUAAGGAUAUUCAAUUGGCAAGGAGGAUUAGAGGGGAAAGAGCUUAAAUUCGUGGAUCGAUAAUUUCUUUUGGUGGUUCUGUUAUAUUUAUGAGUUUGAUUUUGUGGUUUAGGGUUUAGAUCGGUUGCAUAUUGAAUGUAUAUGGGGAUCUUAUCCGAAUUUCUCAAUGAAUUGCUCUUUGGGCUGCAAAUUUUUCCAUUUUGAUGUUCA